AGCUUUUCUCUGAUAUCGCCCAUCCCUAUUUACAACUGACGAGGUGUCAUCAACUAGGAAGUGUUCAUAGUUAUGGUCACGUGAUGUGGGAAUCGCGGAUAUUUAUAGAUGCAAAGCCUAGCGAGAGAGCUUGGCAGAUAUGUAACCUAUGUAAUUAUGCCCGUACAUUUAUGCACAAGGCGUUUGACAAUCUUUCACGUGACAGGAAUGAGAACUGUCGGAAUAUGUGAUAGAAUUCUUCGCGUUACGAUGUCCUAGUGCAGCAAAUUUACUGAAAACGCGACCUACAUUGUAUUUUAAGACGAGCCUUUCACUGUGUUCCAAGAAACUGUCACGAAUUGGUGAAUCAUGUUUGAAGGCUGAAUGUUGAUCUUGCGAAUACGAUGUACGAAAUUGCUACUUCAAAAUUAGUCUUUCGGUAUUUUACUACGACCUGCAAUUAGUUGACGGAAACCAUGUCGAAGUCUGAUGGACCUAAACUCGUUAUCGCGCUUUACUCCUUCAAGGGGAAGAACAACGACGAAUUAUGCUUUAAGAAAGGGGAUGUGAUAACGAUAACUCAAAUAGACGAUGAAGGCUGGUGGGAGGGUACAUUAAAUGACAAAACUGGUUGGUUUCCCUCCAAUUAUGUCAAGGAAUAUAGAAUUCCAGAUGAUGGUCAUACAUCAAUUAAAGCAUCUCCAGAAAGAAGUCCACAAGAAUCACCUAUACAUCACAAACUUAAUCGUGAUAUAGUAUUAAAAGAUAUUGUUAAUUCUGAAAGAGUAAAUGUGGCAGAACUGCAGGGUUUAAUGAAUAAGUUUUUACAACCUCUUGAAGCAUCAAAUAUACUAAAAAAAGAUGAAUACAAGCAACUACUUGGUAAUAUACACGAAGUUUUGGAAACUCAUCAGUAUUUAUUGGCAAACUUGGAAGCAACUAUUUUACAAGGACUCUCUGCAAGAAUGGGAAAUCUUUUUAUAACUAUUGCACCCAGAUUAAAAUCUGUUCACACAACAUAUUGUAAUAAUCAUCCACAAGCUGUGUGUAUUCUGGAUCGAUAUAGAGAUGAAUUGAAUGAAUUUAUGGAACAUACUGGAGCAGUAUCACCUGGGAUAUUAGUAUUAACCACUGGUCUUAGCAAGCCGUUCCGACGAUUGGAUAAAUAUUCUGCUAUGCUUCAAGAACUAGAAAGGUACACUGAAAAGAAUCAUCCCGACAGAGGAGAUACUCAACGUAGUAUAGCAGUAUAUCGAGAAAUUGCGGAUCAUUGCGUCUCCAUACGUAAGCAGCGUGAAUUAGCACUUCAAAUAUUAACCAGUGGGAUCAAAGGGUGGGAAGGCGAAGAGUUGAGCUCGUUAGGCGAGGUUCUUCACGUUGGAUCUGUGACUCUAGCAACCGGUGUAGAUCGUAGAGACAGAUACUUUGUUUUGUUUCCUACCACUUUGCUGGUGCUGAGUACCAGUCCAAGAAUGAGUUCCUAUAUUUACGAAGGAAAAUUGCCACUAACAGGCAUUAAUGUAACUGGAAUUGAAGAUACAGACGAAAUAAGAAACGCCUUAGAGAUCACUGGACCAAUGAUCGAAAGUAUCGUUGUGCUGUGUCCCACGAGAGAAGAGAGACAGCGUUGGAUUGAGCUUUUAAUUCAGGAACAAGGCACUAGCCUCUUGAAAUCACCAAAUAUGUCCCGUCAAAUGAACAAUCAGACGAACGGGAAACAUCAACGACCAACAAUAGAGCAUUGUUCAUCUCCAGGGAUUAAGACACCUUGGAGUCUCGCAUCAUUAAGACCUGCUCCUCCCUUAUAUUCUCUUAAGAACUUUGGUAAAAUAGAUACUACCACAGAUACAUCGCGCUCACCACGAUCAUGCAAUGAACGACAAUUUGAAGAAGAUGCGAUUAUACUGAAAGUAAUAGAAGGUUAUUGUCUUUCUGUCAAUGCAAGGUUCACUGUACAUUCUGGGGAAUCCAAUUCAAUGUUAGAUUAUGAAUCACAAAAAUCACGCGAGAGGAUAUCAUCUCUGCAUAACAGAGGCAAUUGGGAAUCUUGUAAUGAUAGGACAUUAUCAGAAACAGUUAAAACUUUGAAGAAUCAAAUGACAGACUUGCAAUCACAAAUGUCACUACUAACAAAACAAUUAGAUGAGGAAAGGAGAUCACGACUUUCAUUGGCUGCUACAGUAAAACGUAGCAUGGGAGUUAUAGAUGGAUAAGAAUGAAAUCAAAAAUUGCAUGCAUUCAUAUUAUAAGAAAAAGAACAAUGUUGCGAAAGAAAUUUUUCACAAUCUUUAUUUCUUAUAUACAAGUUUUAAUCAUGAAGUUUAAUAUGUUGAGUGUUGUUGGAAUGUUUCAUAAAGUUUACUCUAUUUGUAUAAUAUGUAUGUGAUAAAUAUAGAAUAAGCAC